UUGAUUGAAACUCAUCAGAAAGUUAGAAGAACUUGAUUCCAGUUGAAAUAUGUAUCUAUAAUGCUGACUCAUAGCUUAUGUAUUACCUACAUUCCGUUGAAUGAUUAACGCGCCCACACACAAACAGGAACAUGUGGAGAGUGUCAGGUCGCCUCUCUCCAGGUGUGACACGCCCAUCACCUCUGAGCCGUCGGUUCCCGAGAAGAGGGCGUCAGAGAGAAAGGAGUGCCAUAAACGCGACGGGACCACGGCCAGCCGUUAGGAUGGUGGUUUUUCCGAGUACACCCCAGUGUGAUGUUGUGUUGCUCGUGUAAAGGGUAACGGGCUUUCGCUCUCUGUGGGUCGGAUGACGGGACACCCCCCGCGGGGCAGGAGUCGUGCGCGCUGUGCCGGGCACAGAGGCGCGCCCUCUCCAAAGACAUGGCUCCUGCGCUCCUCCGGGGGCCACAUGGCUCCGUCCGGCCGCCGCCGCCGCCGCUGCUGCUGCUGCUGCUGCUGUCACUGCUGCUGCGCUUCUGGCCGUCCGUGUCCGCGAGAGCGCUGGGGACGGUGGACCGACACGCACCUGAUCUCACCUGCAGCGAGGGUUUGACUGAUUGCCACGUGAGCUCAGCCUCUCUGUUCACUGCCGCCCUGCCCGACCCUACUGACACAGUGAAUGUCACAUACGUGCAGCUUGAGGCGGUUCUGUGCUGCACCAACGGCCAAGAAUGUGAACCAUGCCUGCAGAUCAUCAUCACAGCACAUGAAGUGGAUAAUGUAAAGCAGGCUUCUGGGGAGUCUGGUGACCAUAAUGAUGAAGAGGAGGUGGAGUCGAGCACAAACACAGGAAGCGGUCAGUUUGUGCUUCCUGAGCCAAAAGGUUUAGUGAAAGUGUGUCUCAGCUCCCCCGGCUCCAAUGAACUUUGCAAGUUGCUCCAGUUUAGACCGAGCUACUCCGGUUUAGUCCAAGCUUCUCGACAGCCCACACACAAGCUUCUGUUGACAGAAAAGGUGACGUUCGGCAGUCCUGUUGUGGUCAGCGUUGACGGACAUUCAAGUGGAGCUCACAUGGUUCAAAAUAUUACAGUCCCAUCUUUAGAAGAAGUUUGCUCCACGAGGCUCGGGUGGACUGUGGCGGCAUGUGAUGCCCCGAGACUCCGAGCUGUCACUGAUCAUAAGAGAAACGUCGUCCUCCUCCAGCUGGAAAACGCUGAUGCCAGACAAGAUGAGAUCAUGUGCCAGAUGGUUUGGAAUGAAAUGCCUGGAGAGUUUCUUCCGUGGCCCAAAGGCAAAAGAGAAAUGGUAAUUUCAUCAUACUUGGUUGCACCGUGCCUAUGCUUUCAGGUGUGGUGGAAGGGAAAGCCCCUUCGAAUGGAAUCCUGCCCAUUCAAACACCAACAAGACGUCUUGGAAAGAAUGCAGCACAACGUGUCUGUUUCUGUGGCGGAGUGUCAGGUGAGAGGGGUUGGCACAGGGCUGAGCUGGAAUGUGACUGCCCCCUGCAGACUGGAGGCAGAGGUGUGGCUCUGCAAGAAGGACCUGGCAGGGGGCCAGUGUGAGGAGGUGACAGGCUCCAGACAGAGGCUCGACAACCACGUGCAAGCUGGCUGGAGUGCAACGCACAAUAGAUAUUGGGAAACAGGAGAGUUCAACGUGUCGUCACAUCCUCUGCUUUGUGUUCAGAUAAAGAUAAAGGGGAUGGAGUCACACCUAGAGCCCCACUGUCCAUUUGCAACGUCUCGAUGGAGAUGGAGCCUGCCACUUCUCAUCGGAUUACUACUUGUGUGUUUGGUCGUACUGGGAGCCUAUUUUGUACAAGGGGUCCUGAAAGGCUACGUGUGGAGAUGGUUGAAAGAAGAUGAUGUUAAAGGUGCUGUGGGUGGGGGUCAUGUGGUGCUGCUGUACCCACCCGAUGACGACCAGGCUUUGCCGGAGCUGAUAUGUCACCUGGGCACGACCCUCCAAGCCCUGGGCUUCAGCGUGUCUGUAGACCUGUGGAGCAGGUCUGAGCUCAGCGUCCUGGGCCCUGUGCCUUGGCUCCAUUCAAGACUCAAUCGACUGCAAAAGCAAGGGGGCAAAGUGGUGCUGGUCCUCACCAAGGCCGGCUGGAUAAGGGCUGAAGAAUGGGGAGCUCGGAGCUGGGAGAGAAAUGCUCCCAGGGAAAGUAAGGCAGACAUGGAGGAAGAGGAGGCGGGAAGCUUCACUGCCUCUUCUCAAUGUGUCGAUGUUUUUACUGCUUCAUUUAGCUGCAUUCUUGCAGACUAUUUACAGGGCCGCGCCGGUGAGCGGUUUAUGUUGGUGCAGUUUGAAUCACUUCCACCCAAGCCUCCAGGGGGUUUCCGGCCGCUGCCAGAACUUUUCCGCGGCCUUCACGUCUACAGCCUCCCCUCCCAGAGCCUGGGUUUCCUGACUGAACUGGCCGGGGCUCGGCAAAUAACCACAGCGUCAGCCAGACGGAAAAGGGCAGGGGGGCUCAGGAUGGCGUCCCGGGCUCUGGCACGAGGGCUGUCGGGGUUCACGGCAGGGACUACGGUGUUAAACCUGGCAGGAGUGUCUCAGAGUUGUGUCGGGGUGGGAGCUGAAGACUCGGGGGAAACGGUGCCCUUGCAGCCAUGUCUUGUUACGCCUCCAUCCAGCCCUGACUCGAGCCCUAAGGUCACUGAAGUGGAAUGGGUCUGAUUGUGGGAGCACAAGCUUCAGUUUCGGGAUGCCGAGCCAAUAGUGAGUUGACUCUGGGAGCAGCUUUUUGCAUUUGCUGGUUUACGUUUCAAAUAAAAGCUGGGUUGUUUCAGCUUGAGAUCUUGCUGAAAGUGCUCAACAUUAAAACCUCACCACUACUAAAGGCUCAGUUUUGAGUUGUUCUACAGCUUUAAACUGAGCUAUUGUGUGUCUGUGUGUUUGAAAUAUUUACCUGUAUUUGAUAUUCUGCAUUUGUAUUUAUUGCAUGUGUCAUCCUGGAGAGACAUGAAGAAAGAAAUAAUAAUCAAAAAUACGCUAUUUAUUUACCUGAGUUUGAACACAAGUGCUUUGUCCAGGCAUGGUGAGUCAAUUUUAUACUGUGUUUUAUCUUCACUGGGAUUAACUCUUAUUUUCAAUCAUUCUACAGUGGGAUUGAAUAAAGAAUCUGUCUGACUCAUGUCGCCAGAUGCUCUUCUUUACUGAAACCCAGUGUCAGUUUACGUUCAUUACAAACAUGGCAGAAGAUCAUGUGUGUGUGCAGAGGUAGGCCUCCAUGACAUAGUGUUCCUUUGAGCUUUUUAGGU